GUUAAUUAUUUCAGACGCCAUACCCUCCUCCACUAGAAAAAAUGCAGUCCUCCAGAUGGGCUCCUAAGCCCACCAAGUCACCGAAACCCGCGUCGACCCCAAGCACGCCGGCGCAACAACCUGAAGAACAGAAACCACCGCCACCAGCUGCGCCGACGGAAGUGAAAGCCCCAGAAGCGCAAGUUGAAUCUACUCCCCCAGUAGCUCAACCUACCCAGUCUGAACCGCUACCUCCCGAGACAACGACAUACGACUAUAGCUAUGCCGACCCUUCAAUGGACUCAUUCGCGCAAACCGCGUCGACCGACGAUUUGUUCUUCGACGACGACUUCACUCCCAUUGCCGAGCCAGUUCUGGAAGCAAACCCCGUCGUGAUACCACUUGACGAACCCGUUGAUGCGCCCGAAGCGGCCAUUGCGCCACACCACGAGCCACAACCACCGCAACAAAUACCCCGAGGCCCAGCGAACGGCGAUAGAGGCGGAAGAGGGCGGGGAAGGGGACGCGGAGCCGGAGGACGGGGCAGAGGACGAGGAAACGCCCCGCCUGGCUCGCAGUACACCGACAUCCGCAAAGAGGAGAAGAAAGAGGAGGUCAAGGCCGAGCAGAAGUCCGAGAAGAAGGAGGAUAAACCUGCGGAAGCUGAGCCUGCGGACACAUCUGCCACCGAAAAUACGGAGACCGCAUCAACAGAAGCAUCAUCGAACCCCGCUGCUGCUAAAGAGCCGAAAGGUCCCACGUCUGUUAGGGGCGACAGAACCCUGACCGGAGGUCCCCAACGUACCCGAUUGACGGAGUCAGAGCUGAACGCGAAGCUCGCGUCCAUGCGGUCCAAGAACGAGACGCUUGCCGCAGCUCAUGCACGCGCCGAAGCCGAUCUAGCGAACUUCGAGGCACGCGAGGCUCUCGCGGUGAAGCAGAGCGCGGAGAAGAAGAGGCAGCAAGCAGAGAGGCAGAAGCAGGAUAGGCAGAACAGGCAACAGAUGAUGGGCGAGCGAGAGCGAAACAGGCAGAGGAAGUUGGAUGCGCUGAGCGGUCGGGAAUGGGAUGUUGAAAAGGAGGACGGGUUCAGUGGUACUGGAGAUGAGAGGAGGCGCGGUGCAGCGAGAGGAGCUCACGGAGGCAUCGCUCCAAGCACCCGGCCUGCAGCUUCGCAUAUAGAUGAUGCUACUGUACUAGACGACGAAGCAAGCUCUACUUCUUACCGCGGACGGGGACGAGGUCGUGGCGGAAGGGGAGGCAGAGGAGGUAGAGGGGGUCGCGGAGACCAUCAUGGCCCAGGAACACCAAACAAGAAGCCCGAGGGACAACAGCCACCAACAGCGGCCGACUUCCCCGAGCUCCCAUCCGGGCCAUCGACCUCACAAAAGGCCGGCGACGCGCCCAAGACGCUGGACUUCCCGAUCAAAAACAAAGCAUCCGAGAUCAAGGCCACCGAACCAGAGCGACCAGGCCUCGUCAAGCAAGAGUCAUUCGGAUUGGGAUCGCCGAUGGAGAAGGGCAAGAGUUGGGCCGAUCAGGUGGAAGGGUCGUAGGAUGAUUCUGAUAAUGUCAAAGCAUGCUGUGCCAACACGACGACGACGACAUCCAGCCCUACAGGCACCGAUUAUUAGGAAAUUCUUGGCUUGGAACCACCAAUUGAGCGGCGCACGAACUGGGCUGAUCAGAUGGAGGACUUGCAAUGAAAGCCCGCGUGACUGUUGGAUGUGUAAUUCCUCCAGAGUAUACAGAGGAGCUUUAGUAGUUUCGGAAGAAUCAGAAGUGGUAGAGGCCAUGCAGAAAUGAAGAUCUGGAUAGAAGAAACCUGUAUCCAGAGUAAAGAAACAAAGAGGAAAACACCUAUUAUAUCCUAAUAAAAUGCAGCACAUCCAUCCAUUCUUCG